AUGGGGGGCACAGGGCAUCCGCCCUGGGCCAGGAGAGGACCAGCACACAAGGAUCUCGUGAAGAGCCAUUUGAUGUACGCGGUACGAGAAGAAGUGGAGGUUCUGAAAGAGCAGAUCAAAGAUCUCAUUGAGAAGAAUAAUCAGCUGGAGCAGGAGAACAACCUGUUGAAGACACUGGCCAGUCCAGAACAGCUGGCUCAAUUUCAGGCCCAGUUGCAGACAAGUUCCUCCCCGGCGUCUUCCCAAACACAGGGAACCACACUGCAGCCUUCCCAGCCUGCACCGCAAAGCUCAGGACCUUCAGCGUAGUCCAGCAUUUCUUGGAUUUCGGCACUCUGGACUCUGCUGAGGCUGACUGCAGGAAUCCAGCGGUCUCUGCAUGCUGACCCCCCCAAUUAUGAAGACUCUCCUGUGCCCUGCACUCCUAGUCGCAAAGCGUUUUCCUUUCCAGUAUUAAGCUGUUCGUGGGGAGCAGGGGAGAUGAAUUUUUCUUUUAGAUAUUUUUUUUAAGUUGGGGGGAGGGAGGGUCUUACCACUGUUCAGGGAAUUAGCACAAAUGCGCUGGGGACUUCAGCAGCUUCUGCAGCUGGCUGCUAAACGUAUGAGUUUGUGUGCCUGAAGCUUUUUUUCCUUAAGAUCUUCCUUCCGUGUAGUGCCGUGAUGAAUGCAAGUGCUGUUGGGCCUGGAAAUGUGAAGAAAUUGGCUGGGGUGGUGGGGAUGAAGACCCAUUCUCUAGCAUACCACCAGGAAGCCAAAGGAAUAAGGGAUAAGGAAGAGCUUUGGGGGAACUGGAGGACAGUAAAGGGGGGCUUUCAAUGCCUGCAGUCUUAAAAAGCAAAUAUGCACUCAUUUGCUGUAGCCAAGUAAGGUGCAAAAAUAAUCUAUUUCUAGGAGAAGAACCAGUAGGUGAUGCUGUGACAUAGGAUCGUCAAAUGAAGGUUUGUUUGCUUAAUGUAUAUUUGUGUAUUUAGUGUAAUUACUUUGUAAAAUAGGAACUGUAACUACUCAUUAAGUUGUACAGAGUGAAUUUAAAAGAAUGAACUGAAGUUUGGAUAGUAUUUCUUUUCUUUUCUUUUUUAAAUUUUAUUUUUGAUGCUACGUGAAUAAGAUUUGCACCUAUACAGCUCUUCAGAAAUUGGCUGAUGCUGUUUAUGUCAGUUCUAAAAGUUGCCUUGGAAAGUGAAUAUAUUGAAGUCAGACUCUGUCCAUUGCAGUUCCAGUUCAUGCAGGAGGGAUCAGUUCACAAAAGCAAAAUCUAAAAUUAAUUUCUCACUUUUUUGAGGGGGCAUAUGAUCUGAAUAAUAGGAUGCAUAUGUUCUUGUGCAUGUUCUGGGAGAUUGAUUGGGAGGAAAAUGGUAAAAUGUCAGUAUAUUUGACUUGCACUUGUCAACUUCCAAUAAAGCAUACAAUCUUGAUAUAAAA